AUGUCGUCUGCGACGCAAAUCGUAGCUAUAUUGGAAGACACGGCGUGUUUGAUAAGAAAAACACAAUCUAACAUCAAGAAAUGUCCAAAGUCACGAUUAACGCCUGGAUAUAUUGGUUCCCGAUUAAAAUUAACAAGUGAUUACUGGGAAACAUUCAAGAACGCACAUCACGAACUUGUUAAAAUUACGACAAAAGAACAAAAGGAAACAUUGCCAAUCUGCAAACGUCGACAUCAUUCUCUUCUACACAACAACAAGGAACAGGAGACUGCGGCUUCAACAAGCUGCUCACCACAACCGCAGGCUUCACAACACAAACUAGAGGAUGAACAACCGGUACAAAUAGACACUACUAUUGCAUCCCAUCUCACAACUACUCAAGGAACUGCGCUUCUGGCCACUGCAUUGGUAGAAGCACAAGGGCUUGGUCAAAUCAUACCGCUGCGAGUACUUAUUGAUCAAGGCUCUCAAGCAACAUUUAUUACUGAAAAAGCAACUCAAUUAUUGAAGCUUCAAAGAACACAUAUGAAGGGAAGCGUCAUAGGUGUGGGAUCAUCAAGAACAGAAAUUAAACAUGUGGUGCAGUUAUUAAUAAAAUCACGCUGGGAUAACAACUUUAGUUUACCGAUACAAGCCUAUGUGAUGCCUAAGCAACUGACUACAAUGAUACCUGCAAAAACAAUCAACACUCAACCGUGGCCACAUCUCAAGGGCCUCAACCUGGCUGAUCCUAACUAUUUCACGCCAGGGUCAAUUGACCUGUUACUCGGGGUCAAAGAGUAUGCACAAAUACUACAACAAGAAUUCAUCAAGGGUCCAACAGGCACACCAUGUGCACAGAAAACAAGCCUUGGUUGGAUACUUUUUGGAGAGAUUCAAACAAAUCCACAAGAUACUUACCUCGUAAUGCAUCAUCAUAUUGACAUUGAAGAUAUUCUGAAAACAAUGUGGGAAGUAGAAGUGGACAUCAAAAGAUCAUUAACUAAAGAAGAAGAACUCUGUCCUCAGUUACAAGAAGACUUAAGAUAUCUUCUAAUAAGAUGGCAUACCAAGCAAGUUUGUUUUAUGGCUGAUAUUCAAAAAAUGUACUUACAAAUAUUAGUCACCAAAGAGCAUGCAGACUACCAACGCAUUGUUUGGAGAUCAGAUGAAGCCGAAGACCUGCAAGAAUAUCGCCUUCUUAGAGUAACGUUCGGAACAGCCUCUGCACCAUAUCUGGCUGUCAAAACUUUACAACAAGUUGCUCAUGAUGAAGGAAAACAUAAUCCACUUGCUUCACAAACAAUUAUUGAAGAUUUCUACAUGGAUGAUCUUCUCUCGGGUGCUGAUACACCAGAAGAAGCAAUAACUUUAGCUCAUGAAAUUACAACUAUUCUAGAAAAGGGAGGCUUCCAACUAAGAAAAUGGUCAUCCAACAACAUUCAAUUCUUACAGUCCAUUGAAGAAAACAAAAGAUCUGCAAAUGUUAAAAUUGAUAUGAAUUUAGACGGCACAAUAAAAGCAUUAGGUAUAACAUGGAAUCUAAAGACAGACAGCUUUGAAUAUUCACUAAGCCUAUCACAAAUCGGAAAGUCUAUUACAAAACGAAGCAUCUUAUCAGACAUACAAAAACUUUUCGAUCCGCUUGGCUGGAUUGCACCAAGUAUUGUUUUGGCAAAAAUGUUAAUGCAAAAACUAUGGCUACAGAAACUAACAUGGGAUGAAACAGUCAGUGAAGAACUAGAACAAGAAUGGCGACAAUUAAGAUUUGAUUUUGACACAGUCCAAAAUAUUAAAGUGAAAAGAUGGAUUGGAACAACUACUACUAACAAAGAUAAAAUACAAUUACACGGAUUCAGCGAUGCUUCAACACAUGCAUAUGCUGCAGUAGUUUACAUUAGAACUGAAACAAAUGGCAGAAUAGAAACAAACUUAAUUGCUGCAAGGACACGAGUAGCACCACUCAAAACAAUUUCCUUACCUCGCUUAGAACUUUGUGGAGCCUUGCUACUAUCCAAACUUAUGAAGCAAAUUGGUGAAGCACUAAGAAUACCUACCUCACAGAUGUAUGCAUGGUCAGACUCGUCAAUUGUCAUUUCUUGGCUUUCUGGAGAUCCCAACCGCUGGAAACCUUUUGUAGCAAAUCGUGUAAUAGAAAUCAUAGAGAAUAUCAACCACAACCACUGGAACCAUGUACAAUCACAAGACAAUCCCGCAGAUCCAGCUUCUCGAGGAAUGCUGCUGUCAACUCUGAAGACAUGCGAUUUGUGGUGGAAUGGUCCAAAUUGGUUAUCUGAAAAAGAUAUUAAAAUUAUUAAACAAGAUAUAGAACCAACACAAUUAGAAAUGAAAAAUAAAUUAAUGGAUAAAAACAAACCUGAAAUUACUUACCUGAUUACCGAUGAACCUGUAAAAGAAGAAACAACAUUAAUAUCACAAUUAGAAAAUUUUGAUAACUUAAGUGAAUUACUCAAUACAAUUGUAUAUUGCAAGAGAUUUUUAAAUUUAAAAAAACAUAUAAAAGCAAACGCAAAAGAAAUCACAGUAAAAGAGAUAGAAGAAGCAUUAAAAUUUUGUAUUAGAAAAGCACAAGAAGAAGAAUUUCACGCAGAUAUUAGUAAGCUAAAGAAUAAAAAGCAAGUAAGCAAGAAAAGUAAAUUAAAGUCACUUAGCCCUUUCUUAGACGAAGAAAAUAUUCUCAGGGUGGGCGGUCGUCUCAGACACGCAGACCUAGAUCAAAACAGAAAGCAUCCUAUAGUUAUUGGAAACACAAACUUUCUUGUUCAAUAUUUAAUAGCAGAUGCACAUGCCAAAACGCUGCAUGGCGGCGCACAAUUAAUGUUGUGCUAUUUACGUUCAAAAUACUGGAUAUUAAGAGUAAAAUCACAAGUUAAACAACACAUACACCGUUGUCUAAUAUGUGCAAGAAUAAAAGCAAUAUCAAGAACGCAAUUAAUGGGAGACUUACCUAAGCAACGAGUGCUGCCAUCCAGACCUUUUCUGAACACAGGAGUCGAUUUUGCCGGUCCUUUUCAAACGCUGAUGUGCAAGGGUCGAGGAAACAGAACGACGAAAACAUACAUAGCAAUUUUCAUAUGCACAGCUACCAAAGCUAUCCACAUCGAAUUAGUGGGCGAUCUCACUUCCGAAGCCUUCAUAGGUGCCUUUCGACGUUUCGUCUCACGAAGAGGCAAAUGCAGUCAUUUAUGGAGCGACCAAGGAAGAAACUUCGUUGGUGCAGAUAAGCAACUGGCCGAUGCCUGGAACGAGGCUAAACUACAAUUUUCUGGUCAUAUCGCACAACAACUAGCCACAGAAGGCACUCAAUGGCAUUUUAUUCCAGCUCACAGCCCUCACUUUGGCGGAUUGUGGGAGGCUGGUGUCAAGUCAAUAAAAUAUCAUUUAAAAAGAAUAAUUUCAACUCACCUUACGUACGAAGAAAUGACAACAGUUUUAUGCCAAGUAGAAGCUUGCUUAAAUUCACGCCCGUUAUGUCCAAUAGAUGACAAUGAUCCAGAUAAUCUCACUCCUCUUACCCCUGGACACCUUUUAAUAGGUGAAGCUCCAAUCGUCGUGCCUUCACCAGACCUCAAGGACGUCAAAAUUUCACCCUUAGCUCGUUGGCAACACACACAGAAGUUAGUACAAGAUAUUUGGCGGCGCUGGCAAAAUGAAUAUCUGUCAAGACUACAACAACGCCCCAAAUGGCUGAAGCUAGAGAAAGAAUUCAAGAUUGGAGACAUUGUACUAAUUAAAGAUUUCACUCUACCGCCAGGAAAGUGGUCUCUUGGUAAAAUUACAGCCAAACAUCCAGGAGGAGACGGAAUAACCAGAGUCUACAGUGUUUGGAGUAGCAGCGGAUCUCAUGGUUCGACCGUCAAGAGACCAGCAGUCAAUUUAUGCCCAUUGCCUAUCAAUUAUUAA